UCACCUUCUGGUUCAUCUGCAAUCAUGAGCUACGUCGCUAAAGGAGAAAAAGAAUACGAUGCUACCGGCGCGCCCAUUCCUGCCGCCAAAAUCCACAAAAUCCGUAUCACGUUGACGAGCAGCAACGUCAAGAACCUUGAAAAGUUCUCGAACGACCUCAUCAACCGUGCCAAGGACAAGCAGCUCCGUGUCAAGGGACCCGUCCGUCUGCCUACCAAGGUUCUCAAGAUCACCACCCGUAAGACUCCUUGUGGUGAGGGUUCCAAGACGUGGGACCGUUACGAGCUCAAGGUUCACAAGCGCCUUAUUGACCUCCACUCUUCCAGUGAGAUUGUCAAGCAAAUUACAUCUAUCAGCUUGGAGCCGGGUGUUGAGGUCGAGGUCACCAUCUCUCCUUAGACAGAUGUAUUUGUUUUCUGGAUGCAAUAUAUCGUAGCCUUGUGAAUUGCCUCUGAUUGUUUGUGCUUGUAU